UUCAUGGUAAAAAUGAGGUCGGUAUGUCUUUUUUACAGCCCUACUGGUAAACAAGGACACCCUUUUUGAGUUCGAAGUACAGUUGUGCUAAAAUUAUUUAUUGCCUUCAAAAUAUUUUUUAGAUUAAAAAUUAAAUCAUUGUUUACUCAUUUGAAAACAAAAUAAUUCAUUGAUUGUCUGAGCUUGUAAAUAUAACGUAAGGCAAGGACUUGGAUGGGGCGAGAUGAGUGUUCACAAUGAGAGAAUGAUAGACAUAUAUAGCUACACGCAGAGAGCGGGGUGGAUUGGUUAAAAUGAAUUCAAUUUUAACGCAACUAGUAACUCCAUUUAACCCAAUCCUAGCCCAAAAGGCAAAAUAGCGUAAUGUUCAUGCGUAAUGGCUAUCUCCGCCUAGAAGUAGAUUCAAGUUUAGAAGUAAGUAAUUUACUGCUCUGAUUGCAAAAUUAUCAUAUAUCCUCUGAAUGGAGCUGUGCCGCAUUGUAUAUUCCACUUAUUCAGUAAUUCCCAGCACCCGGCUUAUUAAGACGUAAACAAAAGAGAUUUCCAUAAAUAUGGAUGUAUGUGAUAAAUUGCAAAUGACGUAGUAUGGUUUCUCGUGAAAUAUUUGAUUGGCCACAAGAUAAUAGCGUAAGUAAAUUUUAUAUGCUCGCACACAAAAAAGGGCGUUCCAGAAGUGUGUGUACCAAUAUGGAAGUAACUAAUUUUGUUCGCCUACUUUACAUCAAGUUGUGUAUAGGAACUGGAGCCUAUGGCCAAGGGGUAUAUUCACUUGGCUAACACAAACAGUCCCCGAACUCGUGAUAGAACUGAAAUAAUGAAAAUUGGGAUAAAAUUCGGGCCCAACCGUAACCUGUUACAUACACUACGGGAGCACCCAAAAAAUAGAGUUAAAUAUUGGGGCAUUUGUGGAUAGACUCUUUUGUCGAUUAUUGCUCGUUCCUAUUUGCAAAUCUGUGUCAUUUUUAGGUAUACAACUACGUUUACAAGCAAGCUCGGUUUAUCUUGCUACCUUAUUAAUUCUUUGUUAUUUGCUCAAUCUAUUAGCAGUGGUAUUUAACACCAUCCGUAUAUGUAAUUUUAAAUGGAUUUUGGCUAAAUGAAUAACGCUGAACAAAAUUGCUAGAGUUAUGGAUAAUUCAACAGAUGGCCUGAAACCUUUCAAAAAUGAUAUCCGAGGUCACUCAAUUAAGAAAUUACAAUUUAUGUUCAUACUCUCUGCUGGGGUCGUUUUUGUUUUUAUGUCGACAGGACUGAGAAGCAUAGGAGCAAAUGAAAAACGUGGAAAUGUCAAUACCCGCAACAAUUUGAUUUUUAAAUCUGAAAAUGAGAAGACAGAGAACGAACGAGCACGAGACCAAAUAUUUCUUCAAUAUGCUACAUCAGUAAAAUUCAUGAACGAGUUGGACAGUUAUAAAAAGACGAGUCGCCUACCAGAUGUAAUCGGAAUUGGAGCUGAAAAAUGCGGCACGGGUGCACUAAGAAGCUUGUUAGGGAGUCAUCCAAUGAUACAGGUUUCGGACAAAGAGCCACAUUUCUUUGACAGACUUCGAUACAACAGAGGAAUUGCAUUUUAUAAGACCUUCCUCCCGAAAGUGUCACCUCAUGAACUUUUGUUCGAGAAAACACCGGCUUACUUCAACUGGAAUAGUUCUAUUCCAAAUUUUAUAAAGAAAGACGUCCCAGACGCAAAAAUCAUCUUAGUCCUGUGUGAUCCAACCGCCAGAGUGUUUUCAGACUACGAACAAGAGGUCGCAUUGGGACACGCGUCACGGGCCGCAGGCUUCGACUUUCUUACCGAGUCGCUUUUGGCUCAAUACUCGUAUCAAUUGAAUAAACGCAUGGACAAAGAUGAAGAGCAGAUUGAAUACAUUGCUGCAAUGUUCGAAGACUAUACCACGUCUCAUGUACUGACCACCGGGUUGUAUUACUAUCACUUAUUAAGGUGGUACAAAGUCUAUAACAGAAGUGAAAUUCAUAUUAUUGAUGGUGGAGAACUAAUUAAUAACCCGGGUAAAGUUAUAAAAGAGCUACAAACAUUUCUACGUAUUCCGGAAUUCAUCAUAUCGGAAGAUCUUACAAGGAGCGAUACUGGAUUUUACUGCUUCUCGCAUCCUGUUGUGGUGUCACAUGAUGGAAAGGUCGUGGUCUCUAAAACAAAACCGCACUGUAUGAGCAGGAGCAAAGGCAGAACUAGAAUGGGAAAAUCUGGAAAACCUCGUGACAUUUCAAUAACAAAACUUCGCAGGUUUUAUGCUCCGUAUAAUCAAAAAUUAUACAAAUUAUUAGGAAGAAAAUUCAAUUGGUAGCAACUGAAAAAUAAUUUUUUAAAUGUAACGUAUGGCUAUUACUCCAUGGGGCAAAUUAUUGAAUCAGAGAGAGAGGAAGAUUAUUUAUUUUGUUGUAGAAAUAAGUGUGACUUCAAACUCUAAUAAGAUGAAUCGUGUAUACAAUAAAUGAUUACCUUACUUACGGUUGAACAUGCUGAAUUAUGCAUGUAUUUUGUUAUCUUUUUGUGCGAGUUACACCAUAUUCAUAAUGCUUUUCAUGGAUGGACGGAGCUAAUGUUUUAAUUACUCUGUAUAAAAUAAAUGAUUACCUUAUGGUCAAACAUGCUGAAUUAUGCAUGUAUUUUGUUAUCUUUUUGUGCGAGUUACACCAUAUUCAUAAUGCUUUUCAUGGAUGGACGGAGCUAAUGUUUUAAUUACUCUGUAUAAAAUAAAUGAUUACCUUAUUGUCAAACAUGCUGAAUUGUGCAUGUAUUUUGUUAUCCUUUCGUGCGAGUUACACCAUAUUCAUAAUGCUUUUCAUAGAUGGACGGAGCUAAUGUUUUAAUUAGCAAAAGUCAAAACAUGCGUUAUAAUGAAACGCAUUAAUAUAUUGAAUUAUUACCAUUUUUAUCUUUAAACCUCCAGAUUCACUUCUUAAACAGGGAAACUACAGUUUUACCUCCAAAUAAAUUAUUCAAAUACUGUUGA